AUGAGCCUGCUUCUUCCUCCGACUGUUAAGGCGUUACGCAGUGACUCCCUCGCGAACUUCCGCAGGGAAGUUACGUCUCUGUCUAAGCCUGUCGAUUGGGAGCGCGUAUUGUACCGUCGCGGCCGAUGCGAGCGGCACUUUCACUCGCUGAGCGGACCUGAGCUUCAGUACAAGCCCGACAACGGCAACAGAGGGCGGUACUUUAUCACGUGCCGCCAGGAACACCCUGGCGACAUACAAGGCGGCGGGUCCUUGUUCGAGUACGUUUCUGCGCCGCUCGACGACGAUGACUUGCGCUUCCUGCGCGACAUCAAGCGGGCUUCAGACGCGGCGGUGAAAGACGCUGUGGCUUCCGGGAUUUAUUCCAAGCGCAACCGCCGCCGCCACCGCCGCCCGGGCAUCGACGCUUACGACCCGAGGACUAUCUACCGUCCCACCAUACCCUUGGUCCUCAGGCGCACCACACCUAUGACCCGUUCUCGCUCUCCAAGCAUUCCUCGUUUGCCCAGCGUAUCUCGCUCUCCCAGCGUUCAGAUCGUAGAGUCUCGUCCUCGCUCCCCCAGCGUUGAGCUGGUGGAGCCUCUCACCUUCUGCAUUCAUGCAUACACCCAAGGCCAUUCUUCUCCUUCUAUCUGUGAGAUCGAGUACCACGACGCCGAUUACGUGGUAAUGCUGAGCGACUACGACACUUUCUGGGAGGCCUUGGGAGUCAAACUCAACGACCUCAUCCAGAUCUUGGUCUAUCGGGAUAUUGACCGCGAGGGCGGCACGCCGUUCUGGACCAGCCCGGACAGCAUGGGCGGGAUUGGGGUUCCAGCGAGGUGUGGGAACGUGGUCAUUGCUGAUGACCGCGGCGGGCUACCCCUCCCUUCCGGCGUAGCGCCUCUGUGCCACUACGCGGUGGAUUUCGAAGACCUCCAGUUCUACAGUUCAGCGUCGUCGCCGUGA